CAGCAGCCUUGUGGGGACCAGCGAGGGGAGCAGGGAGCGGGGCGAGGGUCGGAAGAUGGCCGAAAGCUGCAGACGGCCGCCCGGAGGGGGCGCUGUUCACCUCCUCUUCCUGCUGCUGCUGCUGCUGCCGGCCACGCUGGUCCUGCCAUCGCACGCCGAAAGCUCGCCCAGCUUCCUCAAGUCCCCCGACGACCAGACGGGGAUUUCGGGCGGCGUGGCGUCCUUCGUGUGCCAGGCGGCGGGCGAGCCCACGCCUCGCAUCACGUGGAUGAAGAAGGGCAAGAAGGUCAGCUCGCAGCGCUUUGAGGUGAUCGAGUUCGACGACGGCUCGGGCUCCGUCCUCCGCAUCCAGCCGCUGAGGACCCACCGCGACGAGGCCAUCUACGAGUGCACGGCCACCAACAGCGCGGGCGAGAUCAACACCAGCGCCAAGCUCACCGUCCUGGAAGAGGACCAGAUCCCUCACGGCUUCCCCACCAUCGACAUGGGCCCCCAGCUGAAGGUGGUGGAGAGGACGCGCACGGCCACCAUGCUGUGCGCCGCCAGCGGCAACCCCGACCCGGAGAUCUUCUGGUUUAAGGACUUCCUGCCCGUGGACGUGGGCGGCAGCGACGGACGCAUCAAGCAGCUGCGCUCAGGGGCUCUCCAGAUCGAGCAGAGUGAGGAGUCAGACCAGGGCAAGUACGAGUGUGUGGCCAUCAACAGCGCAGGGACUCGCUACUCAGCCCCGGCUAAUCUCUACGUGCGAGUUCGCCGCGUGCCCCCCCGCUUCUCCAUCCCGCCCACCCACCACGAGGUGAUGCCCGGCGGCAGCGUCAACCUGACCUGCGUGGCGGUGGGCGCGCCCAUGCCGUACGUCAAGUGGAUGAGCGGCGAGGCCGAGCUGACCCCCGAGGAGGAGAUGCCCAUCGGGCGCAACGUCCUGGAGCUGGCCAACAUCCGCCAGUCCGCCAACUACACCUGCGUGGCCAUCUCCUCGCUGGGCAUGAUCGACACCACCGCCCAGAUCACAGUGAAAGCCCUGCCCAAGCCUCCCACCUCCCUCAUCGUGACAGAGACCACCGCCACCAGCGUCACCUUGACGUGGGACUCCGGCAACCCCGAGCCAGUGUCCUACUACGUCAUCCAGUACCGGCCCAAAGUAUCGGAGAACGGCUUCCAAGAAGUGGACGGCGUGGCGACCACCCGCUACAGUAUCGGCGGUCUCAGCCCCUUUUCCCAAUAUGAGUUCCGGGUCAUGGCGGUAAACAACGUGGGCCGAGGCCUCGCCGGCACCACCGUGACACUCCGCACAAGUGAGCAGGCGCCCUCCUCACCCCCGCUCCACGUCCAGGCCCGCAUGCUGAGCCCCAGCACCAUGCUGGUCCAGUGGGAGCCACCCGAAGAGGCCAACGGGCAGAUCCGAGGCUACAGGGUCUACUACAGCUCCGACCAGGAGACGCCUCUCAGCGCCUGGCAGAAACACAACACAGACGACAGUCAGCUGACCACUGUCGCUGAUCUUACCCCGGACCUCACCUACAGUGUCAGGGUGCUGGGCUUCACCUCGGUGGGCGACGGACCCCCAUCUGACGUCCUGCUCAUCAAGACUCAGCAAGGAGUUCCGGCACAGCUGUCUGGUUUUGAGGCCGAAGCCGAGCUGGACUCUCGAAUCAUGCUGUCUUGGCUUUGGCCCGUCCAGGACCCUGUUUCGGUUUUCGAGCUGCUCUACUGGGAGGCCAACAAUCCCCAGGACAAGCACAGCGUCACGUUCGAGCCGUCUGGAUCGUACGGGGUGGACGGUUUGAAACCCGACACGGUCUACAUGUUCUCCCUGGCUGCCAGAUCUGAGAUGGGCUUAGGAGUCUUCACUCGUCCCAUCCAGGGAAGAACCGUCCAGUCAACCCCCUCAGCCCCUCCUCAGGACGUAAGCCUGCUCAGUCCGAGCUCCACGAGCGUCCAGGUGAGUUGGGCGGCACCGCCUACAGACCGCCACUACGCCGGGAUCACGGGCUUCUCCCUGGCCUACCGGGCGCCGGCCGGGGAGGACAUGCAGCGCCACCAGGUGUCCGGGAUCGGUGCGGACGCCCGCGGUUACGUGCUGGACCACCUGGAGAAGUGGACUGAGUAUUUGGUGUGGGUGAGGGCUCACACCGUCAUGGGACCCGGCCCGGAGAGUCCGGCGGUCCGCAUCAGAACUCAGGAGGACGUGCCCGGGGCCCCGCCCAGGAAGGUGGAGGCCGACGCCCUCAACUCUACGGCGGUCCGGGUGAGCUGGAAGCCCCCCCUGCCGGUCAAGCAGCACGGUCAGAUCCGAGGGUACCAGAUCAUCUACUCCAGGCUGGAGAAGGGAGAACCUCACGGCCAACCCCUCAUCAUGGACGUCUCCCUGCCGGAAGCUCAGGAGGCGCUCCUGACGGGACUGCUGCCGGAGACCAGCUACUCCGUGACGGUGGCGGCGUACACCACCAAGGGGGACGGCGCUCGCAGCAAGGCCAAAGUGGUCACCACCUCAGGCGCAGUACCCGGCAAGCCCACCAUGAUGAUCAGCACCACCAUCGGCAACACGGCGCUGAUCCAGUGGCAGCCCCCCAAAGAGAUGGUGGGGGAGCACGUGGGCUACCAGCUGCAGUACAAGAGAGCCGAGGAGGACGCCUUCACCGUCCGGGACUUCCGCAAGACCGACGACCACUUCACCGUCACCGGCCUCCACAAGGGGGCGACCUACGUCUUCAAGCUGUGCGCGAAAAACCGCGCCGGCAACGGCGAGGAGUACGCCAAGGAGGUCAGCACCCCCGAGGACGUCCCCGGCAGCUACCCUCUGAACCUGAGCGUGGUCGGCCUGACCGCCACCGCCACCCAGCUGGCCUGGGACCCGCCCCCUCUGGCGGACCGCAACGGGAGGAUGGUCAAGUACGUGGUGGUGUACCGAGACAUCAACAGCCAGAACAACAGCUCCAACGCCACCGCCGACACGCACAUGACCGUCCAGGGCUUGCGGCCCGACACCACCUAUGACAUCAGAGUGCAGGCCUUCACCAGUAAAGGGGGCGGGCCCAUCAGCCCCAGCAUCCAGAGCCGGACCAUGUCCACCUCCAUGCCGGUGUUCACCAAGGACUUUGGUGUAAAAGCGGUGAUGAAAACCUCCGUCCUGCUGACCUGGGAUGUUCCGGAAACCUUCGAGUCCGAGGUGCCCCUCAGGAUCCUCUACAACCAGCAGAGCGUGGAGGUGCCGGGCCACCAGAAGAGGAAGCUGAUCACGCAGCUGCAGCCCGACACGCAUUACUCCUUCGUGCUCAUGAGCCGCGGGAACAGCGCCGGCGGCCUCCAGCAGCAAGUCUCCAUCCGGACCUCGCCGGACCUGCUCAAGACCAGGCCGACCGAGUACGAGCAGGACGCGGAGGAGGGCGGGAAAGUGAGCGUUCGGCUCCCGAAGGUGCCGCCUGGAACGCCUGUCAGAUGCUUCUACCUCGUGGUGGUCCCUGUGACCCCCACUUCUCUGACGUGGGAGAAUCCAGACGACAUGGACCUUCAUGAGCUCCUGGACGCGGAGGGCGGCGCUCGGAGGAAGAGGAGCCAAAGCGCCGACUUCCUGCAGCCUUACAUCGCCGCCAAGCUGGACUCCCUGCCCGAGGUCUUCACGCUGGGCGACGAGCACAGAUACCACGGCUACCGCAACAAGCCGUUGCCGGGGCAACAGCAGUACCGCUGCUUCGUCCUGGCCGAGCUGAUGGACCUGGACUCGCAGAGGACGUUCGCAGCCAGCCCCUUCUCUGAGCCCAUCCUGGUGAAGCUCCACAGCGGCAUGGCGAGACACUCCGAGGACCCGGAGAUGCUGUGGGUGAUGGGUCCUGUGCUGGCCGUCAUCCUCAUCAUCAUCAUCGUCAUCGCUAUUCUCCUCUUCAAAAGGAAACGUACGUCUCCGUCGGCGAAAGACGAGCACCUGGUGGGGGUGAAGGACUCGCUGCUGGCCCACUCGGCAGACCCCGUGGAGAUGAGGAGGCUCAACUAUCAGACGCAAGGGAUGAGGCAACAUCCUCCCAUCGCCACCUGCGACCUGGCCGACCACGUCGAGCGACUCAAGGCCAACGACGGCCUGCGCUUCUCUCAGGAGUACGAGUCCGUCGACCCCGGGCAGCAGUUCACGUGGGAGCACUCCAACAUGGAGAUCAACAAGCCAAAGAACCGCUACGCCAACGUCAUCGCCUACGACCACUCCAGAGUCCUCCUCACUCCCGUGGACGGAGUCCCCGGCAGCGACUACGUCAACGCCAACUACGUGGACGGCUACAGGAAGCAGAACGCCUACAUUGCCACGCAGGGCCCGCUGCCCGAGACGCUGAGUGACUUCUGGAGGCUGGUCUGGGAGCAGCGCACCUGCACCGUGGUCAUGAUGACACGCCUGGAGGAGAAGUCCCGGGUGAAGUGUGACCAGUACUGGCCCGGUCGUGGCACCGAGACCUACGGCAUGAUCCAGGUCACCAUGUUGGACACUGUGGAGUUAGCCACCUACAGCGUGCGCACCUUCGCCCUAUACAAGAAUGGCUCCAGUGAGAGGAGAGAGGUCCGACAGUUCCAGUUCAUGGCCUGGCCCGACCACGGAGUGCCUGAGUACCCCACCCCGACGCUGGCCUUUCUUCGCAGGGUCAAAGCCUGCAACCCCCAAGAUGCGGGCCCCAUGGUGGUGCACUGCAGCGCCGGCGUGGGCCGCACGGGCUGCUUCAUCGUCAUCGACGCCAUGUUGGAGAGGAUGAAGCACGAGCAGUCGGUGGACAUUUACGGCCACGUGACGUGCAUGCGGGCCCAGAGGAACUACAUGGUGCAGACGGAGGACCAGUACGUCUUCAUCCACGAGGCCCUGCUGGAGGCGGCGACGUGCGGCCUCACCGAGGUCCCCGCCCGCAACCUGUACGUCCACAUCCAGAAACUGAGCCAGGUUCCACCCGGAGAGGCCGUCACCGCCAUGGAGCUGGAGUUCAAGAAGUUGGCCAACUCCAAAGCACAUACCUCCAGAUUCAUCAGUGCCAACCUGCCGUGCAACAAGUUCAAGAACCGCCUGGUGAACAUCAUGCCUUUCGAGUCCAGCCGGGUCUGCCUGCAGCCGAUCAGAGGCGUGGAGGGCUCGGACUACGUCAACGCCAGCUUCGUCGACGGCUACAGGCUGCAGAAAGCCUACAUGGCCACACAGGGCCCCAUGGCGGAAACCACUGAGGACUUCUGGAGGAUGCUGUGGGAACACAACUCCACCAUUGUUGUCAUGCUCACCAAACUCCGCGAGAUGGGACGGGAAAAGUGCCAUCAGUACUGGCCUGCCGAGCGCUCGGCCCGCUACCAGUACUUUGUGGUGGACCCCAUGGCCGAGUACAACAUGCCGCAGUACAUCCUGAGAGAGUUCAAAGUGACCGACGCCCGGGACGGCCAGUCCAGAACCAUCAGGCAGUUCCAGUUCACCGAUUGGCCCGAGCAAGGUGUGCCGAAAACCGGGGAGGGAUUCAUCGACUUCAUCGGCCAGGUCCACAAAACCAAGGAGCAGUUUGGGCAGGACGGACCCAUCACGGUACACUGCAGCGCCGGCGUGGGGCGGUCUGGCGUGUUCGUCACCCUGAGCAUCGUCCUGGAGAGGAUGCGGUACGAGGGCGCGGUCGAUGUCUUCCAGACGGUGAAGACGCUCAGAACCCAGCGGCCCGCCAUGGUGCAGACGGAGGACCAGUACCAACUGUGCUACCGGGCCGCCCUGGAGUACCUGGGGAGCUUUGACCACUAUGCAACAUAACCCGGCGUGGUGAGAGCUCGGUGUCCUCUGUGAGCCCACCAGGUGGCGACAACGAGGGCCUGAGGAGGUGAUGACGUCAGACUGGGGGGCGGAGCCAACACACAUUCUGAUCCUCAUUUCUCUUCUGUUGCAAAUAUUUACCCUUUAUUUUCUUACGUCUUAACGACUGUUUUUAUUGUCUCUUAGCACCGAGGACAUGUGUUUUCAACAUGCUCCCAGAUAUUAUUAAGUGCAUAUACUCUGCUGCUACAUUUCUACCACACACCUCAUAUUCUACUACUUUGAUUGGAGGUCGCAGGGCGUCUACUUGUGACAUCUGCCUGACAAGUUCAGACCACACGCCACAGUUUGUUGCUUGUUGUCUUCAAAGUGUGCAGAGGAGCAAAGCUGGAGGACAGCAAGAAGGUUUGCUGGGUUGAGUAGUUGUCGGGCCCCCACCCUCCCCACCCCCACCCGGCAACACCAUACCGAAAGAGUGAUGAUAUAACUGUCUUGCUGACAAAGUCGCUACAAACCCCCCCUGGAUCCUGACAUGUUAGAGAAGAAAUACAAAACCCCAAAAGGAGUGAAGUUGUCACGUUGUGUAAAUGGUCAGUAAAAAAGAGAAUACAACUAGGGAAAAAAUUAAAAGCCAUAUUACAUGUGUCAUUAGAUAUACAUUUAAUUAAGAGGACUUAAAGGAAACUAAAUGAGCUCAAAUAUAGCUACAAAUGAGGCAUAAUGAUGCAAUAUGUAUAUAUCGCUAGCCUAAAUAGCAUGUUAGCAUCGAUUAGCUUGCAGUCAUGCAGUGACCAAAUAUGUCUGAUUAGCACUCCACACAAGUCAAUAACAUCAACAAAACUCACCUUUGUGCACUCACGCACAACGUUAAAAGUGUGGUGGACAAAAUGAGACAGAAAAAGAAGUGGCAUAAAACACGUCCUAGAAAGUCGGAGAAAGUUAAACAUGUAAACAAACUAUACGGUGAGUUCAAGGACCGCCAAAAUAAGUAGGACAAAACGGCGCUCGCCAAAUACUCGAAUCAGUGAAGCAUGUUUAAUAUAAACUGUGAUUUAUAACAAUUAGGGAGGUUUGUGUCAUGUUUGUCCUCCUACAGAAACCAUACUAAAACAAAAAAAUAGAUUUUUUUUCCCCUCAUCUUUUUCCAUUCUUCAUACAUUUUUGAAAAAUCUCCAGAGAGCCACUAGGGCGGCGCUAAAGAGCCGCAUGCGGCUCUAGAGCCGCGGGUUGCCGACCCCCGGGUUAGAACAAUAUCUGUCUGUUGAUUACCAUACAUGAAAAAAAAACAGAAAACUAGAGAUGUCCGAUAAUAUCGGCAUGCCGAUAUUAUCGGCCGAUAAAUGCGUUAAAAUGUAAUAUCGGAAAUUAUCGGUAUCGUUUUUUUUAUUAUCUGUAUCGGUUUUUUUGGGUUUUUUUGUUUGUUUUUUAUUAAAUCCACAUAAAAAACACAAGAUACACUUACAAUUAGUGCACCAACCCAAAAAACCUCCCUCCCCCCAUUUCUUUCUGUUAUCAAUAUUCUGCUUCCUACAUUAUAUAUCAAUAUAUAUCAAUACAGUCUGCAAGGGAUACAGUCCGUAAGCACACAUGAUUGUGCGUGCUGCUGCUCCACUAAUAGUACUAACCUUUAACACUUCAUUUUACUCAUUUUCAUUAAUUACUAGUUUCUAUGUAACUGUUUUUAUAUUGUUUUACUUUCUUUUUUAUUCAAGAAAAUGUUUUUAAUUUAGUUAUCUUAUUUUAUUAUUAUUUUUAAAAAGUACCUUAUCUUCACCAUACCUGGUUGUCCAAAUUAGGCAUAAUAAUGUGUUAAUUCCACGACUGCAUAUAUCGGUUGAUAUCGGUAUCUGUAAUUAAAGAGUUGGACAAUAUCGGAUAUCGGCAAAAAGCCAUUAUCGGACAUCCCUGAAUACAACAAAUCCUUUUCAACUUAUAUUCAAUUGAAUAGACUGCAAAGACAAGAUAUUUCAUGUUCCAAAUAAGAAACUUCUUCUUUUUUUUUUUUGUGCAAAUAAUCAUUAACUUAGAGUUUAAUGGCACUGUCAGGUUCAAACACUGAUGACAUCUAUUAAACAAGACAAGAAGCAAGGAAUUAAACAGGGACAGAAUUCAAUUUAGCUCAAUUGAGGAGAAACGCGUAGAGCAGGGGUCACCAACCUUUUUGAAAGCAAGAGCUACUUCUUGGGUAGUGAUUAAUGCGAAGGGCUACCAGUUUGAUACACACUUCAAUAAAUUGCCAGAAAUAGCCAAUUUGCUCAAUUUACCUUUAAUUCUAUGUUAUUAUUAAUAAUUAAUGAUAUUUACACUUAAUUGAACGGUUUAAAAGAGGAGAAAACACGAAAAAAAUGACAAUUAAAUUUUGAAACAUAGUUUAUCUUCAAUUUCGACUCUUUAAAAUUCAAAAUUCAACCGAAAAAAAGAAGAGAAAAACUAGCUCAUUCGAAUCUUUUUGAAAAAAUAAAAAAAAUAAUUUAUGGAACAUCAUUAGUAAUUUUUCCUGAUUAAGAUUAAUUUUAGAAUUUUGAUGACAUGUUUUAAAUAUGUUAAAAUCCAAUCUGCACUUUGUUAGAAUAUAUAACAAA